GAUCCUCGAUCUUUUUUCAGCGAUUUCGGAUCGAAAUUUCAAUCCAAAAAUUACAAAACUGUUUCAAUAACCAAACCACAGAUUGCUUUGGCAAUCCGAAAAUGCAAUCAAUCUGCUAGAGGGCGUCAAUCCAUUUCUGCCACUUUUUGGAUCGCCCUCUGUUGGAAAAAGUCUGUAGUUGGGUUUCAAUAUUCGAUCUUUCGUCUUUGACAAAUCUAUUUACGGCUAUCUGCAAUCUAUUUUUACGAUCCUAAAAUUUUGGUCGAUUUGGCAAGCAAUCUUUCGGAUUAUUUACUGUUUACAAAAUAUUUAUUUAGCUUAUCAAUUACUGAUAGAAUUAAAAUAAAGAACAUAAUGGCCGGAACUUUAAUGUCUAGUGAUAGUGACAGUGAUCUUGAAGUGCUGGAGCAGCUUUCAGAUUGGGAUAAUGAGGAUACUGAUGGAGACGAAGGUCCAUCAGGAUCACGAAGAAGCUAUUGCCGUAUUGAUUAUACUCAGUGCCUAACUGAUGCUGAAUUUACAUUUAGAUUUCGUCUUAACAAAGCUGCGGUACAAUUACUUUUAUCGGAAAUAAUGCCACAUGUAAAAGUAACCUGCAAUCGAAAUCAUGGAGUUGCACCACUUCACCAGCUACUCCUAACCCUCCGAUUUUAUGCAUUGGGUACAAUGCUAAUUUCUGUAGCGGAUUUCGUGGGCGUGUCAAAAUCGACCGCCAGCAGAAUAGUUCACGAUAUAUCUGGAGCUAUAGCCAUACUGUACAAUAAAUACAUUGUAAUGCACCCUAAUCAUGUGGACAAGUUUUUUCAAUAUGGUCAAUUCCCACGUGUCCUGGGUGCAAUUGACUGCACUCACAUACGGAUACAAUCUCCAAAUCACACAAUAGGCGAAGAGUUCAGAAACCGAAAAGGCUACUUUUCAUUAAAUGUUCAAGCAGUUUGUGAUGCUGAUUUGAAGUUUAUGAAUGUUGUAGCCCGGUGGCCUGGUUCUGCACAUGAUGCUACUAUAUUUAAUAAUUCUGUUUUAAGAGCUCAGUGUGAAGCUGGGACUUUUGGGAAUCGCUGGUUGCUGGCUGACAGUGCCUAUCCAAACAGAUGAUAUAUGUUGACACCAAUUUUAAAUCCUAGUGCUAGAAAUGAACAAAAAUAUAAUGAUGCACAUAUUGCAACAAGAAACCUUAUUGAAAGGUAAGUGUUACAUAACCAGAAGAAUUGAAAAUCUACAGUAUGAUAAUAUUCACUAUGGAUGUACCUAUCACAGUAGACAUUAUGGGUAUAGCUAGUGAUUUUUACUUGUAUGAGUAUUAUACAAGUAACACACUAAACAAUAAUUAUCUUUUACAGAACCUUCGGUGUAUGGAAGCGACGUUUUCCA